AUGGAGGCUGAAACUUCCAUGGCCCAGAUCGUGCAGAGUGAGGUGAAUCGAGCUAUGGAGAUUGCAGACGCUCGUAUGGACCUCGUUCGCCAAUCUGCACAGGCCAUGGAGCGCCGUGUCUCCGAUACGGUGGAGGUGCUCCUGUCUCUGCUGAAGUACUUUCGAUCGAAAGGUAGCUACGGAGAGCAUGUGGCCACAGCGCGAGCACGGCCACGGCACAGCUCUUCAGAGGACACUUUGCGGCCUCUUCCCGUGAUCUGCGAAGUCGGCAAGGCGAAGACCGCUCAGCCACAGAUUGCGGAAGAAUCGGAGGAGGGAAGCUGUUUGCCCAGUCCUACAGAACCAUGGCUUGCGGAGGAGACACGUCCGUUGCUGAAUGGACGGCGCUUGCUCAUUCCUCGGCGCCGAGUGCCAGAGGACGAGAAAGAUGACGUGGCAAGUGCGACCGGCGAGAGCUCGAGCAGCGCUUCCAGCAGCAAAGAAGAACACGAAAAGGAGGCAUUGUCCGAAAGGAGCAGCUUCACGGACCCAGCGAAUCAGAGCACGCGAGGUGGCCAGAGCCAAAGCGCAGACUCACAGAGGACGCCUCCGACGCAAUCUGAAGCGGCUUGGAGCCGCGGCGGCGUCUGUGUCCCGCGCGCGGUAGUGGAGCGGCACCCACUUUUUGCCACGCGCCUCUGUUACAGGUCCGAGGACUUCUUCUUCUCUUGGGCUUCCAGUGCUGACUUCCGAGCUGAGGCGGACGCCUUGCGCCAAUGGCGGCGAACGAUGACUCUAAGUGCUGAGCGCGGAGGGGCAGCUGGAG